UUCACUGCAGGAGCAAAGCAGUAAAAAUGAAUGUGCACCUCAGCUUUGAGGAUGGCUGGAAGGUCCUGGAGCAGGGCAUUGUGACAUGUUCAAAGAUUUUGGAGGGAUCCACUGGUACAAGGCCUACUGUUGCUGAGUACAUGAAUUGCUAUGAGUAUGAUUCUAUCAUUAUCACGUGUAAUAUGUAUAUCUUAACUAUUACCAGUGAAGCACUUAAAUUUGUUGCACAUGAUAUGUCCAUAUACUUUUCCAGCUGUGCUUAUAGAAUGGCGGUGCAGACAACCAGCUAUUGUGAAGAGAUGUACAAUGGUUACAAGGCUACACUUGCAGAAUCUGUUCGUGCACUGGUUUGCCCCCAUCUGAUGCACCAGAGAGACGGCUACCUUUUGAGACAGCUUGCGAAAAUGUGGUCUAACUAUUGUAUCAUGGUUAAAUGUGUAUCUGGCUUCUUCAACUAUUUGGACCGUUGCUUUGUUGAGCAAAGAAAGCUACCUUGUCUUGAAGACACUGCUGCCACUUCUUUUUUCUCUACAGUCUUUUCCUUCUUCAGUCAUGAAGUAUCAGACGCUCUGCUGACUUCGAUUCGCCAAGAGCGUGAUGGAAUCAAUGCUGAUAUGGACAUCUUGAUGGGCAUUAUGCGUGGCAUAUGUCGCUCUGAAGUCAAAUCCUUCAUGAAAAAUGCUGUUGUUCAAGAUACAUAUGCUUACUACUCCAGGAAAAGUUCUGAAUGGAUUGUUCAGUACCCUCUACAAGAUUACCUUGCCAAGGUUCAGGAUUGUAUGGAGAAGGAAACCAUGAGAUUGAUGAGCUAUCUGAGUAUUGCUGAGGGUGAUAGCACAGAGCUCUGUUUGAAGGUUGUUAGUGCUCCAUUGAUGCAAACUUAUGACAGCUAUGCAAGAGAGAAACAGAUUGGUGGCCAACUUUUGCUUCAAACAUACAAGACUGUAGAGGAUGAUCUGCUGGCCAGAUGCAAUCGCUUGACAAUUGACAGCGGUGUGGACAACAGUUCUGGCAGUUACAUGGAGUAGAAAGGAAAUGUUCUUCAGCUAACAUUCAUCGAUAACCAAGCUUACAUACAGGAAGGGGUUCUAGAACAUGGCCUACAUCUGGAGGAAUUUUUUGUGCGGUUCGGUUUUUGGUACCAAAGCAGAGCUCGUGUACUGUGGAUUUUGUUGGCGAGGUUUGGCUAGAUUAAACGCUAUACUGAAUCUGCAGGGGAUACCUCUUUAGGGCCGCCUCCUACCCCAUUAUGGUUAACAGCAUUUGAAAUGUACAUGAUGGCGGGUCAAUUUAUGCCAAUGGCAGUUUAUUUUGAUUGUCAUCUAGCGAACAUUAGGCCGGUCAGCACCUAGCACUCUUAGUGGCUGGACAUGGAGUAUGUCAUGACACCAGAAUGAUUGGUGCAUUGCCUGUGCCUUUGGCGUGCUUCUGAUGCUGUCUAUGGUUUAAUCUUAUCUAUGACUUGAUGCUA